CCCCGAUAGUCAGUGAUGAGAAGUACGUGAAGAGUGGAAGGAAACAAAACCCGCAGCAAUGGACGCUAAGGUUUACACAUCAAAAGCCAACCCCAAGGCGACGGCAAACCCUGUCUCAAAGCUCUUCGUGUGGUGGAUGCGGGAGCUCGUGUGGAAGGGGGACCUCACAGAAGACGACCUGUUCGUCCGCCUCGACUGUGACGCCACGGAGCAUCUGGGAGACAGGCUGCAGAAGUCAUGGGAUGAAGAACUUACACGGGCCAAAGAGAAGGGCAGCAGACCGAGUUUAGCGAGAGCUAUUGUAAGGACAUUCUGGUUGCGCUAUUUUACCUACGGAGUCCUAUACCUUUUCGACAAAGUCAUCCUCAGAGUCGCGCAGCCGUUGCUCCUGGGGAUGGUUAUUCAAUACUUCAGCCCAGACAGCGACAUUUCGCAGCAGGAAGCCUACCUAUACGCCAGCCUGAUGGUAGUCAUCAACUUCGUGAUGAUGUUCUGCCAGCACCACUACAACAUGCUGACUACCUACGUCGGCAUGAGAGUGAGGGUUGCCUGCUGCUCUCUAAUUUAUAGAAAGGUGCUGCGCAUCAACAAGCAGUCGAUGGACGCCACUGCCACCGGCCAGGUGAUCAACCUGAUGUCUAACGACGUGGCCCGCUUCGACGUGGCGUCGAUAUACGGCAACUUCCUUUGGCUGAGCUUCCUGCAGCUGGCGCUCGUCACUUACUGCUUGUACCGCUACGUGUCCUGGGCUGCCUUCGCCGGUGUCGUCUACCUCGUUCUGAUGACAGUGCCGCCACAGACUUAUAUGGGGAGACUGUCUGCGCGUUUCCGUAAGCGAGUGGCCGUCCGGACUGACGAGAGGAUGAGGAUGAUGAACGAGCUGGUGCAGGGCAUACAGGUGGUCAAGAUGUACGCCUGGGAGAAGCCCUUCGCCAAGCUCGUGGCCAUGGCCAGGAAGUCUGAAGUGCACAAGCUGUUACACGCAGCCUACCUCAGAAGCUUUCUUUUGGCAUCGGCCGUCUUCAUAGAGAGGUCCUCUCUCCUCGUCACAUUACUGGCAUACUUCUUGGGUGGCAAAAUUGCAGGCCCUUAUCAGAUAUUCGCAAUGGCUCGUUUCUACAACGUCCUCAACGCUUCCUUAGCCAUUAUGUUUCCCAUGGGCAUUGCAACAGUACAAGAGGCUCGAAUUUCUGUCCGCCGUAUCGAGGAGUUCCUGUUAAAGCCAGAGUCCACAACCGAGGCCAGCGGCGCAGGAGCAGCACGCGUGGACGUCUCCUUGCAGCACGUGACCGCCACGUGGGAUGGCGUGAGUCCUGCUGUGGCCGCCAUAAACCUCAACGUCCCCGCCGGCAAGCUUUGUGCGAUUGUGGGCCCCGUUGGUUGCGGAAAGAGUUCCCUGUUGUACCUGCUGAUAAAUGAGCUCUCUCCGUCGUCUGGAAACCUAAGGAUUGGUGGAAAAGUGUCGUACGCUUGCCAGGAGCCGUGGGUAUUCGUGGGCAGCGUGCGGCAGAACAUCCUGUUCGGGCAGCCGUAUGAUCAUAAGAAGUACCAGCGCGUGGUGGAGGUGUGCGCCCUGUCCAGGGACUUUGAGCUGCUGCCGUACGGCGACCAGACGCUGGUGGGCGAGAAGGGCAUCACCCUCAGCGGCGGACAGAGGGCCAGGGUCAGCCUCGCCAGAGCAGUUUAUCGUGAAGCGGAUAUUUACUUGCUUGAUGAUCCCUUAUCUGCGGUCGAUACCCAUGUUGGGAAGCACCUCUUUGAUGAAUGCAUCGCCUCCUAUCUGGGAGGCAAGACCAGGAUCCUGGUAACUCACCAGCUUCAGUACGUGCAGGGAGCUGACAACAUCGUGGUGCUCAACAAGGGAAGGAUAGAACAGCAGGGCAGCUUCGACGAGAUCCUCCAGAGCGGUGUCAGCUUCUCAAAGCUGAUGAGCAGUUCGGAGGAGGACGGAGACACGGAUCCAGCGAGUAUGAGGCGCACGCACAGCACUCGAAAAUCAUUGCUGGCACGCGAAAAAAAUUUUAAUCGUUCCUUGACUGUUGGAUCUGAGAGGAGUAACAUGAUCACCUACGAGAGAAAAACUUCAAAUUCGUCUAAAGUGAAUGCGAUUGCUGAAGAGACUGGAAAGCUACACAGAGAUCCCGCAGAGCAGGACAACAGCGAGAAGGUGCUGGACGCGGAGUUCAGGUGGUCGACCAUCUGGCAGUACUACGGGGCUGCCGGGGGCGUGGGCCCGCUGCUCUCCGUGGUCGCCUUGCUGCUCAUAGCGCAGGUCAUCACCAGCGGCUCCGAUUACGUCGUAACCUACUGGUCUAGUACGGAGGUAGUGAGGAUGUCCCUGCAGAAGCGGGUGGAAGCCGGCGGCGGCCGCAACCAGACGCUCUCUGAAGAACUGGCGUCGCUGCCGCCCAGCGAGUUCUUCCUCGAGCUGUACGGCGGCCUCGUGCUGGGCUGCAUCCUGCUCAACCAGAUACGGUCCGUGGCGUUUUUCAUCCUGUCCAUGCGAGCAUCUCGCAGCCUGCACAACACCAUGUUCAACUCCGUACUGAGAGCAGCUAUGCGCUUCUUCGACACGAAUCCCUCUGGCAGAAUACUCAAUAGGUUUUCUAAGGACAUCGGAUCUAUCGAUGAACUGUUACCACAGUUCGUUAUCGUGAUGGUUCAGAUCUACCUUGUGCUCUGCGGAAUUUUGGCCAUGGUCCUAGUGGUGAACUACGUUCUCAUCAUACCCAUGGUCAUAGUCGGUGGAGUAUUCAUUUUUGUGGCUAGACUUUUCAUGUCUACUGGGAGAAGUGUGAAGAGACUUGAAGGCAUCCGUAGAAGUCCCGUAUUUUCUCAUCUUUCCGACACGCUCAACGGAUUGGCAACAAUAAGGGCAUCAAGUGUCCAAGAUGUAGUUAGGAAGGAAUUCGAUGGGUACCAGGACCGCCACACGUCAGCGUGGUUUCUGUACGUAACAAACGCUUCUGCCCUCGGCAUAUGGUUGGACUUACUUAGCAGCAUUUUCGCUACUAUCGUCACCUUCAGCUUCUUCCUCUUGUCAGAAGGGUCCUUUGGCGGCUCCGGCGUGGGGCUGGCUAUUUCGCAGUCUCUCGUUCUGACCAGCAUGCUCCAGCACGGCAUACUGCAGAUGACCGAGGUUGUCAGCCAGAUCACGUCAGUGGAGAGGGUGCUCGAGUACACCAGAAUUCCGCCUGAAGCACCUCUGGAGUCUCCACCAGACAAGAAACCACCUGCAACAUGGCCACAGCGAGGGCAGGUCAUCUUCCAAAACAUUUACCUCAAGUACAGCCAAACGGACCCUCCAGUUCUCAAGAACCUUAAUUUCACCAUUGAAGCUACACAUAAGGUUGGCAUUGUUGGCCGAACGGGCGCAGGGAAGUCGUCGCUUAUCUCCGCCCUGUUCCGGCUGGCCCCACUAGAGGGGGCGAUCCUGGUUGACGGCGUGGACACCAGCACGCUGGGCCUUCACGACCUGCGGAAGCGCAUCUCCAUCAUCCCGCAGGAGCCCGUGCUCUUCUCAGAGACUCUCCGCUUCAACCUGGACCCAUUCUCAGAGUUUGACGAUGCGAUGUUGUGGAACGCACUUGAGGAGGUGGAGCUCAAAUCCAGUAUACAGACGCUGGACUUCCAGGUGACGGAGGGCGGCAGUAACUUCAGCGUGGGCCAGAGGCAGCUGCUGUGUCUGGCGAGGGCCAUACUCAGGAACAACAGGAUCCUGGUGCUCGAUGAAGCAACCGCCAAUGUCGACCCAGAGACUGAUGCUCUCAUUCAGGCUACAAUACGUAGGAAGUUCAAACACUGUACAGUGCUGACGAUAGCCCACAGACUUAACACCAUUAUGGAUUCUGACAGAGUCCUCGUGAUGGACGCAGGGACUACGGUGGAAUACGAUCACCCUCACAUUUUGUUGCAAAAUCCAAGUGGUUUUCUGUCAAAGCUUGUAGAAGAGACGGGAACUGCAAUGGCGGAACAGUUAAAUAUUGUUGCUAAGGAGAGCUAUGCUGAGUUAACUGCUACAACAGAAGAAACAAAGAAUGAGCAGAUUACAAAACUUUGAAGCUCCGUCAGCGUGCCUCAUCGUAAUUACAGUGCCUUGCUGGGGGAGCUGAAGCAAAAGCAUUUCUCAGUGUAAAUGUUCUUGUAAGCAACUGUGAUAUUAGUGAAUGAGAAACAAUGGUAGUUAUUACUUGUUACAGACAGUGAGUCAUGCUGUUAACGUCAUAGCCA